AUGCCAGCACCAACAAACUCCCUGCGUGGCUUUCUCACCCACGCUAAAGGUGCUCUUCGAGCUGCUAUUGAUUCGAGCCAGAGAGUCACUUUUGUCAUUGGCAAUGAGUCUGCUGACCUUGAUUCGAUGUCGUGUUCCAUUCUCUAUGCAUAUUUGCGAUCCAUGUCUCCGCCCAAGAAUGCCUUUACUCCACUCUACGUACCAAUCACAAAUAUUCCAGCUGCGGAUAUCAAGCUGAGACCAGAAUAUUUGGCGGUGUUCAAACACGCAAACAUCGAGUCCAGACACUUGAUCACGCUUGAUGAUCUUCCUGCCCUAUCUGACAUCCAAUCUAAGCUCGCUCCCGAAAACACAAAGUGGAUCCUGGUGGACCACAACGCUCUCCAAGGUCAGCUCGGCAAGAUCUAUUCUAGUCGCGUGGCAGGGGUUAUCGAUCACCACGAUGAUGAAGGCAAAGUAGCUCAAGACACGGGUGAUGAGCCACGUAUCAUAGAAAAGACCGGUAGUUGCACUAGUUUGGUGACGAACUAUUGUCGACUGAUGUGGGAACUGCGCUCCGGGUCUGUGAUGUCCUCGAGCACGAGCUAUGCUCAAGACGGCAGUCUAUCUGACGAUGCUACCUUUAUCAAACGGUGGGAUGCAGAGGUUGCCCAGCUAGGAUUGGCGAGCAUUCUCAUUGACACGGCCAAUCUCCGCGAUGAAAGCAAGACAACAGAGCACGACCGUAAGGCAGUGGAGUACCUGGUAGCCAAAGUCAUGCUCUAUCCUCAACUAGCUGCAGAUUUCGAUCGUACGACCUUCUACAAAGAGAUCAAUGCAGCGAAGAAGGAUAUUGGAGGAUUGAAGCUGCAAGACAUACUUCGAAAAGAUUACAAGCAGUGGGACCAAGGUGGCCGGAAGCUCGGCAUUAGCUCAGUGGUCAAACCCAUCAACUUCCUACAAAAAAAGGCUGGUGACGAGAGCAACACGCAACCUUCUGACACAGCUUUUCUCACAGCCUUGGAAGACUUUGCGAAGGAGCGUGAGCUAGACCUGUACACGGUCAUGACCACGUCGACAUCCUCCGAAGGGGAGUUCCAACGAGAGCUUCUUCUCUGGGCUUUCAACCAUAACGCUGUCUCAGCUGCGAAGGAAUUCGCCAAGAGUUCUAGCGAUGAAUUAGGCCUUGGAGAAUGGCAAGGUUCCAGCAGCAUAGCCGGUGGGAGCCAUGGCAACGGUCAGUGGAGGAAAGUCUGGCGGCAACGACAAGUACAGCACAGCCGGAAACGUGUCGCACCUUUACUCAGGGAAACCAUGGCAUGA